AUGGACGUGAGGACUGGGCGAUGGGAGAAGUGGGCGCCGCAGGGCGAGCCCCCCUCCCCACGUGCCGCCCACGCAGCAGCAGCCGUCGGCAACAUGGUCGUUGUACAGGGCGGCAUCGGCCCGGCGGGACUGGCAUCCGAGGACCUGCACGUGCUCGACUUUACCGACACCGAGAAGCCGCGCUGGCACAGGGUGGCGGUAGCCGGCCCCGGCCCCUCGGCACGGUACGCGCACACUCUGGCCCUGGUGGCCAACCGCUUCCUGGUGGCGGCCGGGGGCAACGACGGCAAGGCCACGCUGCACGACGCCUGGUCCCUGGACACCAGCGAGAAGCCAUACGCCUGGCGCCGCGUGGCGGACAGCGGCGACGAGCCGCCCGCGCGCAUGUACGCGGCGGCCGCCGCCCGCUCCGACGGCCUGCUCCUGCUCUGCGGCGGGCGCGACGUGGACGGCCACGGCGCCGUGUUUGUCAACGCGCGCCUGCACGUGCUGGGGGGCGCGGUGGGCGGCGGGCGCAUGGUGGACGAGGCGGCGGCGGGCGUGGCCCUGGACACCGCGGUGGGGGCCUGGGUGGGGCAGGAGGCCCCCGGCGGCGACGCGCCCGCGGCUGCCGGCGCGGCGGUGACCCUGGUGUCGCCGGACAAUGCGGGCCCGGGGGCGGACGCGGUGGCCCCCGACGCCGACGCCAUGCGGCGCUGCCGGCACGCGGUGGCGGCGGUGGGCCCGCUCAUCUUCGUGCACGGCGGCCUGCGCGGGUCCACGCUGCUGGAGGACGUGCUGCUGGCCGACGACUCGGGCGGCACCGAGCUGACCGCCUGCGACCCGCGCUCCCCGGCCUGGCAGGCCUGGAUCAACGCAACGCACGGCAUGCACAAGCAGGUGCUGCGGGAGCUGCUCAUCCCACGGCACUGGCGACCACCGGAGUCGCGCGACUUCUUCCUGGACGCCGACGCCAUCCACACAUUGUGCGAUCAGGCGGAGGCCAUCUUCCAGGCGGAGCCCACCCUACUGCGGCUCAGGGCGCCCGUCAAGAUCUUUGGGGACCUGCACGGCCAGUUCGGGGACCUGAUGCGGCUGUUCGAGGAGUACGGCACGCCCUCCACCUCCGGCGACAUCACCUACAUCGACUACCUGUUCUUGGGCGACUACGUGGACCGCGGCGCUCAUUCGCUGGAGACCAUGUGCCUGCUGCUGGCGCUGAAGAUCGACCACCCCGAGAACGUGCACCUGAUCCGGGGCAACCACGAGGCCUCCGACAUCAACGCCCUCUUCGGCUUCCGGCUGGAGUGCGUGGAGCGGCUGGGCGAGCCGGAGGGCCUGCGCGCCUGGAACCGCUUCAACCAGCUCUUCAACUGGCUGCCCCUGGCGGCGGUGAUCGAGGACAAGGUUCUGUGCAUGCACGGCGGCAUCGGGCGCUCCAUCCACAGUAUGGAGCAGAUCGCGGAGCUGGCCCGCCCGCUCACCAUGGAGGACGGCGGCGUGGUGCUGAUGGACCUGCUCUGGUCCGACCCCACCACCAACGACGCGGUGGAGGGGGUGCAGCCCAGCCCGCGCGGCCCGGGCCUGGUCACCUUUGGCCCCGACCGCGUGCUGGAGUUCUGCCAGGCGAACGAGCUGCAGAUGAUCGUGCGCGCUCACGAGUGCGUGAUGGAUGGCUUCGAGCGCUUCGCGCACGGCCGCCUCAUCACCCUCUUCUCCGCCACCAACUACUGCGGCACCGCCAACAACGCGGGGGCCGUGCUCGUCCUGGGCAGGGACCUGGUGAUGGUGCCCAAGCUGAUCCACCCGCUGCCCCCGACGACGCCGCGACAACCGCACAGCCCCACCCUGGCGGGGGAGGAGAUCAUCGAGGACCCGCCCACACCCCACCCCUCCUCGGGCGACAUGUGGAUGCAGGCGGUGAAUGCCGAGAGACCACCCACGCCGCCCCGCGGUCGACCCUCCAGUCCGCAGUCAUUUUUCGACUGA